UCUUCCACACGUUUCCGGCCGUCGUGCUUUUACGACAGCAGUGUGCGGGGUUUCUCGCUGCUUUUCGGGCAGGCAGCAGGCUCAGACAGGCGCCCGUCCGUGUGGACAACAGGGGGAAGAUCUUGUCCAUUGUGCCGCUGAGAGAGACACCGCGGUUAGGCUCGAUUUCCGCCCUAAAUGUCGCGGUUUCCCCACCGCGUUUCGGUGUGCGGUGUUGUUUGCGCUUUAGCUCGGCCGCUCCGCCGCGUUUUCAAUCAAAUAGUCGCAGAAUAAAGAAUAAAAUGGCUCUCGACAGAUAUAAUUUGUGAUAGAAAGGGACAGCUUUAAAGGGACAGUAUCACUCCGCUUCCUUCCUGGUUCCUGUAGCUGAACGUACGGCUACACAGUUCUACAUAUGCGCGACGUGUUUGUAUCAUCAAAGAAGCCGGUGGAUGGGGACAGCCACAUACCGAUGUGAUGUCAGUGAGAUUAGGCAGCUGCUCAGCAGAGCAAAACAUCAUGUCUGAGGACACCAUGUAAAUUGAUGCCGGCUACGAUUCUAGACUGACGGGAUGAAUUGAAUCGGCGCGACAAGGGAAGAACCAACCAGCACUGUUGGAUGAGAACUGAUGGGCCGUCCAAGCUGGCGAUGCCAACUGCAAAAGAUAAAGGUGGCUCAACGUCCCACCGCUACCGGCCGGCGUCAGAAUACGAUGAUGCCACCCUCACCCAAAAGAGACAAUACUGGAGAACCAAGAAACGAGAGCAGCGGGCCCGACUGACAGAGCGCAGAGGAAAGGGAAUGCAGGGCGGAAAGCUCCUACAUCUGCAUGCCCCUGCAGUGAUGAAUUCUACUUUAUCCGACCCUUUUGCUGCUUUCUCUUCUCCUUUGCAGAGUAACAAUGACUCAUGCAAAACAGUCGGCGUCUCUGGAAAUACUGUCGGGGGCAGCUCAGUUAAAGCCACUGACAACCAAAAGGAGAAGUGGCUCCAUACAAUGAAACUUGACAGGGUCUCGCCUCAGUUGCCAGCAUCAUGUUCCAUCUCAGCCAAAGCUGCUCGGGGCCACACAGCCACAGCGAGGGGUGCUGUGAGCAGAGCCGUUACCUCACCCAGUGGAACCCAGCUGAACACCCGUUCCUCAGUGCCUCCAGUCAGAGUGACCAGAACUACCAAUGGCAGCUGUGCUGAAACAACGCCUCAGUCAUGUGUGUCUAUGCAGGGCGCAUCAGUCCCCAAAACACAACAUAAGGCACAAGUUGCAUUACGCAUCCUACCCACCAAUGUGACCACAGGCAUGAUUCUUAUGUCUUCACCAUGUGUCCCAGUCUCUAUUAAAACAGAGGGCAGAACUGCAAACGCAACGCCUCAAAGUGGAACAAAGAGUGCCUUGGUCACCUUGCAGAGGGCUAAAGGUGUGAGCAACUCCCAUUCUUCCCCAGAGCCAGAGGAGGAGAGAGCAGCCAGGCGCAGAGAGCAAUGGCGGAUCAAAAAGCGAGAGCAGAGGGCAAAGCUGGCAGCUCAGAUAGCUAAAGCAAGAGAAAGGACGCAGAGCGCGGAGGUGACGUUACAGAGACAAACAGCACAAAAAACAGGACUUGUGGGAGGCAAGAUUCUUCAGCAUCUUCCAUCUCAGUCGUUUUUGAGAGGAGCGGGCCAGAGGCAGUGUCCUACUCGGGUCAAAACGUCAUUUACAUCUGCCAAAAGGGAAAAUUAUGAACUGCAAAGUGGGGCAGGACAUUUUGCUACAGUUAACCUGCAAGCAGAUCGGAUUAAGGUACACAAUCCAUAUGGGAAUAGGACAACACAGACAGCCGUCACAUGGGACGCUAUUUCUGUUAGAAAGCCAGGGGAGUCGAUGAGAAAGUUUCCAAGUUAUGGACAUCUUUCCAAUGUUGCCCGAGGGAUAGCACGAUGUAAAACACCAAGACAGAGGUUCAUUGAUGCACAGAAGAGUUUCAUGAAUCAAAGAAACCUAAGAUGUAGAUCCCCGUUACUUUCUUCAGUCUUUGCUACCAGAAAUAUGCCCCAAAUCGACCCCAACGACACGCCUGAGCAGAUAAUAGCCAAACGGCGAGAGUACUGGCGGAUUAAAAAGCGUGAACAGCGAGCUAAGCUGUCGAUGGAAGUGAGGUCUCGGUUAAAGGAAAGGGACUCUCUGAUGCGAAGAAUGAAGCGUUACCAGUCGAUCCUGGAGGAGAUGAGGAGGGCAAGAGCGCUGGCCCAGUCAGCAGGAAGCAGCCUCACCCACGCCUCCGAGGCCAUCGGAGGGUUCAUCAAAGAGGACGGGACACUGACUAUUAACAUUCCCCAGGUUCCUUCAGAUCAUAACACAGAGUGUCAUGUAGUUCUUGAUAACACCCUCUUCACGAAACCUCAGCACCAACCUAGUACGCAAAGAAGAGUCAUAACACCCAUCCGUGUAACCCCUCCUCCCCUCCGCCCAGCUCAGGUGAAAGUCUCCUUUCCUCUUGCUGGACAGUCAGUCAACAAGUCUCCAGGACUACUGUCAACCAGACAAAGGACUGGACUUGAAAGCACAGCGGUUCCUAAUCCACACAAGUUCGCAAUCCAAACUGUUAGUCAGCUCACACUCACUCAUCCUCAAACCCCUCAAAAUGCUGUAUCUGGAGAAUCAACAGCGCAGUCAAACCUUGGGGGCUGUGUCAUGAAAAUGGCUGUGUCAAGUAAUGCGUCAUCACUGUCGACGCUCUCUCUGGAUCCAAACUUGACAGAGGAGGAGAGAAUGGCAAAGAAAAGGGAGUACUGGAGGAUAAAGAAGCGCGAGCAACGAGCAGCUCGUGCGUCUCGAUUGAAGCAGGGCGUCUUACAGGCCAGGGCCAGUGCGACCUUCCUGAGGAGGAGGGCCCAGAAGCUAGUAGCAAUAACCACCACACCAUUAGGCAGAAGUCUUCCUGACCAUACAGGAAAUGCACAAUCUCUCCCCAAUAACAGUGUGCCGGUUACACCACAUGCAAAUGUGAUAAAACAAGAGAGUGAGUCUAUGCCAGAAGUUGACCUACAUUCUCAACCAGAACAAGCCAUCUGUCCAGAUAUCAAAGCCCCAACCUCCCCACCACCACCUCCAGCGCCUCCUGCAGAGCCGGACCCGGCUCUGAAUGCGGACAGCCAAGCUGCCACUCUGCUAGCCGUAGCCUCUAUGAAGAAACUCUUGGAAGAAUCACUGAGCACAGUGACGGAGUGUGGCAAUGAGCCGACUGCCAUAAAAAUGGAGUCAACGGAAGAGGCCUCAGAGCAAGAGAUGGAGCCAAAUAUACCUCCGAACGAGUUGGCUCCUAUUGCUGCUGACUUGACAUUGGAGAUAAAAAGCUGGCCACCGGAAUCUGAUGCCUUGGUACAAGCAUGUUCACCAAGCCCUCAUCUCAAGGACUCAUCCCAAAGUAGCCAGACACUCCCACCUCUUCCCACCUCCAGCGAGAUAGUCCUGCCUCCCACCUGCGAGCACUCAUCCCAAACCCUUUCCAACUUCAUAGUAAACCCCUCCGUGGAAGCCUCUUCGCCACGCAGAGCCCAGAGGCUUCGUACCAAACAAGCAGGCCUUCAAAGCUGCUGUUCCCUAGAGCCGCCAAAGCUACAUCACCCACCGCUGGAUCAACCACAACCACAGCAACAACCCUGUGAACAACAGUGUCAGGCACAGGAAGAAUGCCAAAACAGCACUUCACGACCAGCACAAGGAUAUCUCGGCGUGGUGACCGAGCGCAGCGGCUUGUUCAGCCUGCAGAGGAAGAGGGAGUACUGGAAGCUGAUGAAGAGGCAGCAAAGGGCCCGGUUAAGGGCCCGGCAGAAGGACAGACAGGGAGAAUGCAGCAGUCGCCUCUCGCAGAAAAACAUGCAGGCUCCAUAUCUUGUUAAUAUGAACACUGUUAAGGGUUUGAAUCCUCCAGGAAAACCAUCCCUCAAGCCCAAGCCAUCCAUAGCUGCAGUGACCAGUAUCCCCUCUGUCAUGUGCGUCAGCCCCACAACAUACAACGCUGAACAGUCACCUUACACACUCCAGGUCAAAGUGCCCGUCACCAGUGUCACCAGUGUCUCCUGUUCACCCAGAAUUGAGCUGAACCGCGUGAACAUUGGAACUUCACAGAUCAUGUCCGACUGUCAAGGAGCUCACGAGAAUCCACAACAAGCCAUGCCCGGUUCCCGACAGUGGAUGUCCAGAAGCCCAGACCUGGACUCGGCCCCCUCGCUCUCUACUCUGAAGCCCCCAGACAACCCACUGUCCAGCAUCAACCUUCAACCCAUUGAACCCCCUCUCACUUCAAAUUCUAGCCCUAGUCCAAUAAAAAUCCCUUGUUCUCAGCUUGCGAGUCCCACACAUAUGAUACAUACUCCCACCAAGCUGCCAUCGAUAACCUCCAUGGUUCCACCAAAGCCCAUCCCAGGGGAGUCUGAGGAGGACUUUCUGAGGAGGAAGAGGGAGUACUGGAGGAUAAAAAAGAAGGAACAGAGAGCCAGGAAGGCCAUUCGGGACAAGGGAGUCACCCCAAGGAGGGCCUCCAACAACUUGAGGCCCAUCCUGCCUGCCCAGGACCCACAAACACAGGAUUCUGGUCAGUGGGUGAGCUCCUCUGAGGAGUCAGAACAUAUAAUGAGCAAUUCAGAGGACACCGACCCGGGAUCGUUUUCCUUCUCAAGUCACACAGAACCAGUCGAAGUUGAUUCGGAGCUUCUGUUCGCCGACUAUGAGAAUAGUAACGGCGAGGAAGAUCCCGUGUCAGACGCCGUGUGGAGGAACCGCUACCUCAUGGACUACGAUCCGCUCAACCAGCUGCUGGUGUGCAUGGUGUGUGGAGAGCUGCAGUACUCCCACAACCUGGAGGGAGUGAGAGCCCACAUCGACGAGGCCCACCCGGAAACCCUGGCCCUGGAGCCCAGGGAGCAACGGCAAAUACUGGAGGCCUGGGACGAGCAGGUGUCCCAGAGGGAACGCUUCUUCACCAGCCAGCUCCAGCAACACAGCGGGGCCCUGGCAGAAGCACACAGGAACUGAGAGGACUGCGUGAGCCAGCUGAGGACCACAGACCAGGAGAGAACAUCCACACUUUGUCUUAUUUAUUUAUUAGAAUUGUAUCACUGUGUUUACGUUCAUAGAGAGUCACCUUGGAAGAAAAUGCUGUAUUUAGAACAUUCACCCCAACGAGCAGCUUUACCUCAUUUCCUACCAGGGUUGUAAUGUGGGUUCAUCAGUCAGUAAGGACAUUUUUUUACAUCGAAGCCUUGACGACUGAGAUUUUUUCAAUAUUUUUAAUAUUUUAAAAAGUGCAACAUUCUUGGAAAUACAGUCUUUGUACCCAUUGUAGGCUAAAAGCAUCCUGGACCUAUGAACACAGAGAAAAACCUAUAUUGAAAUAAUCUACUUUCUAAAAUCUUCAAGUUCAGACAUUUUAAACCUCAUCAACUACAAGCAGUCAGUUUUUCGGUGUUCAUUGCUGAGCUUAUGAUUACAUCAUUAUUUCCCCAGACUGGGCCACUCUGCUGAACUCCUUCCUCACUAGCAGUAGGAUGAAGUCGUGGCCAUUGCAGUUUGGGAAAUAUUUAAUUCAAACAUUUGAUCAUUCCAGGUGGACAAUAGACGAGAUACAUGACAACAGAAAAAGUUAUGUUUUGUUUCAGUUUGCAGGAGUUUAACCAAAUUCCAGAGUUAAAGCCUGGUCCAACCUUAAAGUGUGACGGUCUCUUCCAAAUAAUGGUUAAACUGUAUUAUCACAGUAACAAAAGGAGAGAGGGGUCAUAAAGUGAGCAGAAUCACCGUACACGGCAUUAUCCGCCUCGAGUUUGCUAACAUUAGCCACCCUAGGUUACUGGUCAUACCAGACCACGUACAACUAUUGCUGAUGAGUCCAGCUUUUAUGUUCUAAUAAGACGGUUAUGUUGAACCUUCGUUCAAACCUCCAUUAACCUCUGGAGCCCGAGAGACCCAACUUCCAUUAAUCAGUGAAGGCAAACUAGUAGAUCACACAUUGUUGAACAAAUCAACUAAAAUACAACACUGACACCUUAAAGUUACACAGUUCCAAUACAUUAAACAGUCAAUUUAGAUUCUAGCUGUAAGACAAUUAAGAGUUCUGCUCUGCUAGCAGGCUUGUGUUCAGGUCCAAGGCGGUUCUAGACCCUGGUUGUCUAGAACGGUUCUACAGGAUUGUGUAUGUGAUACUGCGUCAUGCUGUUCUUCAAACCCUGAAUCCUACGUAUGUUCCUCCAUGAAAACUUUUUGUAUAAAGACAACUUUUGUACAACUUUAUCAAAUGUGGAAAGACCUCCUGCAGUUCAUAUUAGCUUCACCAUGUGGCAUAAACCAACCCUCUGCACUGUAAAUACACAAAAUACUAAAGUGGUUGUGAGAUGUAUGAGGCUGGGUGGUUUUACAAUAUUUGGAGCUAUGGUAUUCAUUAUUUAUUGAAUCUCCUCUUAUAUAAUGAUUAUUGAUGAUGAAUUAUUCAUAUCUGUAAAGAGCUCCAUGUUAGAGAAGUUUCUCAUUUGUGAGUAUUGAGUCCAAGGCUUUCCUGCAUGAGUAGUUAAAUGUUUUUGUACCAUUUCCAUUCAGAGUAAACUGCUGAACUGAUGUUCUGUUUGAGCACACAGCUGUAGAGAAGACUGCCUGCACAGCUGAACAGUGUAGCUAGCUGGAGGUGACCAAGCUAUUCUACCUUCUGAGAAUGUAAUUCUGACUUGACUUGUUUAACACUUCAAAGGGAAUGUGUCAAUGCUUUUUCAGUAAUAAACCUUUUCUACCUUUGGG